UGCCGGCACGCUUUAGGCGGCAGCCCAGGAGUGCCGGUGCCAUAACCAUAAGCACUUCGACAACAAAAGUCGGCAUUUUUCAUGCCUUACAUGCGAAAAAGUUUAUGACCUCGAGUUCUCCCAGAGGAAUGGUCAGGGGCUCUGCGCUGGCCCUGCUAACCUGGCUGUCCUUGGUCAGUAACCAGUACCGACAGCUUUGCCACUGCGCAGUUGUGAAUAAAAAGAAAAUUUAAAUGUCUUCAGAAGACAAAGAAGCUCAGGAGGAUGAGCUGCUGGCUCUGGCUAGCAUUUAUGAUGAAGAUGAGUUUAAGAGAGCCGAGUCGGCCCAAGGAGGAGAAACCAGAAUUUGUCUGGAGUUGCCCCAAAACUUCAAAAUUUUUGUGAGUGGCAGUUCCACGGAAAGCCUCCAGAACAACGGGUUUGAAUACACCGUUUGCUUUCUGCCUCCCCUUGUGCUGAAUUUUGAACUCCCACCAGACUACCCAUCAACCUCCCCCCCGGUGUUUACCCUCAGUGGAAAAUGGCUCUCCCAAGCCCAGCUCAGCGCUCUUUGCAAACACUUAGACAAUGUAUGGGAAGAGAAUCGAGGCUGUGUGGUCUUGUUUGCCUGGAUGCAGUUUCUGAAGGAAGAAACACUGAGUUACCUGAAUAUUUCCUCCCCAUAUGAGCUAAAAAUGUGCCAUCAAGGGAAUGGGCAGAGUAGGACACCUUUGGUCCCUCUCGACGCCGAGAAGGAUUGUGGUGGUGCAGCAGGCUCCGCAGCGGCUGAAGAAGAAAUCGUCGACGCAAGAGCUGUGCAGGAUGUGGAAUCGUUGUCGAGUCUGAUUAGGGAAAUCUUGGACUUUGAUCAGGCUCAGAGGAGGAAGUGCUUUAACAGUAAGAUGUACUUGUGCAAUAUCUGCUUCUGUGAGAAGCUGGGCAGUGAAUGUAUGUACUUCACCGAGUGCAGCCACGUAUACUACAAAGCAUGCCUGAAGGACUACUUUGAAAUACAGAUCAGGGAUGGUCAGGUCCACUGUCUCAACUGUCCAGAACCGAAGUGUUCUUCUGUUGCUACUCCUGGCCAGGUUAAAGAGUUGGUUGGAGAGCAGUUGUUUGCACGUUAUGACCGCCUGCUUCUGCAGUCUAGCUUGGACCUGAUGGCGGAUGUAGUGUAUUGCCCUCGCCCGGGCUGUCAGACGCCGGUCAUGCAAGAACCAGGUUGCACCAUGGGCAUAUGUUCCCGUUGCAACUAUGCUUUUUGUACUCUCUGUAAAAUGACUUACCAUGGGGUCUCUCCAUGUAAAGUUACUGCGGAGAAAUUAAUGGAUUUGCGAAAUGAAUAUUUAGAAGCAGAUGAGGCAACUAAAAGAUUUUUGGAACAACGCUAUGGCAAACGAGUGAUUCAGAAAGCCCUGGAGGAGAUGGAGAGUAAAGAAUGGCUAGAAAAGAACUCGAAGGCUUGUCCUUGCUGUGGUACUCAUAUAGAGAAACUAGAUGGUUGUAACAAAAUGACGUGUACUGGCUGCAUGCAGUAUUUCUGCUGGCUUUGUAUGGGUUCUCUGUCAAGGGUGAACCCGUACAGGCACUUCAAUGAUCCAUCUUCCCCAUGCUUCAAUAGAUUGUUUCAAGCCAUGCAUAUUGAUGGUGAGUUCUGGGAAGUUGAAGAUGAAGACUAGUAGCUUUCUCUAGUAACUAAAGCUGAGCAAACCAGAGACAGAUGCUUUCCAUUUUUGUGUCAAGUUUGUUUGCUUUUCACUUCCAUUAUGUGAUAGAAGAAUGGUAACUACCUUGCACUGCAGGAUACUCACACUUCAGAGGCUGUCGCCAAAACCAAAGGAGACCAUUUUACCCAUCCUGUGGUCAGGAUCACCACUGAAGGCCCUAAUAAUCAUAUCGAUUGUGAAAGACACGUACAACCAGUCAGAAGUUGGAUAAUUACUGGAAAAAUACAUACUAAGAGGUGCCCCUUUUUCAAAUGCAAAGAAGCAAAACUGAAGCCCCAAAUCGUAGAACUAUUUGGGGGUUUCCUUUAGGGAGACUGACCUUUCGAGGGUCUUGGCUCGUAUCCAUCGCAGGGUUUAGGGCAGUUUUAUUACAGCUGUCGUGCUCUUUCUGGAGCUGUUUAGCGAUGCUGCUCGGACAGGGAAUGUUUUCUGAUACAAUACAGAAAAUUUCUUCUGCAUUCAGCAACUGAGCCUGUUGCUUCUAUAGCAUUUCCUGACCUGUUUCUCUGAAAAGCAGCUCAUUGCUCUGUUGCUGAUACUUUCUAAUGACGUUAAAGUUGAUUAUCCCUAACCCCCUUCUUACUGGCUGUAAUGCCCGGGUCUUUGCAUUAUUGAAUGCUUUGGUAGAAAAUGACCGACAACCAUUUCCAGAAAUUUGAAUCAGUUUGACUCAUCUCAGUGUUGCUGUUGUAUUCACUCACGUUGCUGCUCCUUGUUUUGACAGUGAUGAGUGCUAAGGCAAUGAACUGAGUAUGUGGCCAGUGAGAGGGUGAAAAGUAUCAGUCAGAUAUUGAAACAUAUUUUUAUGGAUACAUAAUUGAGAUUAACUUGAACUCUUCAAGAUACUGAAAAUUACCUUGUCUUCUCAGAUGAUGAAGUAAUUUAUUUUUUACUAACUCUUCAUAUAAGAAAUUUGAUUAGUUGAUAGUUUUGCUUCUGGACUAGAUCCCUUAUUUCCACUGUUCUUGCACUUCAAAUUAUUUCAAAACCCAAAUUGUUUCCCCUAAAAGCUCAGUAAGUAGUUUUGUGAGCGUGAAAGUAAUUACUGGAGGGAACCACUAAUUUUUUAGAAGUUUUUCCACUUGCAGAAUGGUCUAAAAAUUUAUUUUUCCAUUAAAACUGCACAUGCCAAGUUCAAAACAAAUAGCAGGGUCCGGAUGGAUAGCUCAGGAGCUGGAAGACUCUUCAGAAACUCAAGGUGAACGCCUCUCACUCACUUUUGACUGAUAGUAAAUAAAUUUAUACUCGGAUAUCUGGCCAAAAUGAGUGCUGAUUUAGUUCCUUUCGCAGAGGAUGAAAGCCUGUAGUAUUAGAAUUGGCAGUGAUUAAAAAGGUAAGAUGGCAAGAGCGGAUCUCUUGUCUUGGUUUAGGCUAUAGGACAGCGUGUAGGGAAAGUUUACAUUGUGUAUGGUUUAAAUUGUAUUUCCUGCACCUUUCACAUGCACUAAAUUCACUUUAAGAC